GACUCACACCACCCCGCAGUUCCAUUAUCCUCCCAAGCAGCCGCCGGCUCCCAUGUUUCAAUAAUCGUAAUAAAAGAAUAAUAUAACAAAGAACAUAACGGUCGCUAUAUAAGACGGAAAGAGAUCCCACAAAUGAGAAAACCCAAAGCUCAAAGGCAAAUCCUUUGAAAAAGAAUCCACAACCAAACAGUAUAGUCACUUCCAAACCCAAAGUUUUCCCCCUAAAUGAGAGAGAGAGGGGCUGUGCGGCAGUGUGCGGGAGUAGGAGAUCGUUCUUGGAGGAUAUCCCGUCGAUGCUAUCGGCUUCUGUCUCCUAGAAGCUCCGGCAUUGCUCGCCUUCAUCUCCUUAGUCUGCUGAAAUUAGCCACACCUUUCUUUCAUAAUGGCUAAAAUUGCCCAAAAGCCUCCUCAUUGGAUUCUUGAAGAGACGUUUAUUUCUCUCAUACAAUCAUGUAAGACCUUAAAACAUCUCCUCCAAAUCCAAACGCAAAUAUUCACUCGUGGCUUUGACCAAAACCGUUAUAUUACUCCAAGAUUUACGACGGCAUGUGUCCAACUGAAGCAAAUGGGCAUUGCACAGAAAUUGUUUGAUAGAAAUCCUGACCCAAACACAGCUCUAUGGAAUUCAAUGAUUAAAGGGUAUGCAGAAAAUGGGUUUUAUAAGAAAGUUAUACUCUCGUUUAGUCAAAUGAAAAACAUAUCUUUUUCUGCACCCAAUUGCUAUACUUUUCCUAUUGUUCUUAAAUCCUGUUUGAAGUGUAAUGCUUUAAGAGAAGGCGAGGAGGUGCACUGUGUUGUGAUAAAGAGUGGUUUUAAAGGAAACCCUUUCGUGGAAACUUCGUUAAUGGAGAUGUAUUCAGGUUGUAGACUGAUAGGAGCAGCUUAUAGAAUAUUUAAUGAAAUGGUUGACAGGAAUAUUGUUGCUUGGACUUCAAUGAUUAAUGGGUUUAUCUUUUGUCAUGAUUUAGUUAAGGCAAGGUGUCUUUUUGAUUUGGCGCCUCAGCGUGAUAUUGUGUUGUGGAAUACUAUGGUUUCGGGUUAUAUUGGGGUGGGGGAAAUGGUGGAAGCAAGGAAGCUUUUUGAUCAGAUGCCUAAAAAGGAUGUAAUGUCGUGGAAUACAAUUUUGCAGGGCUAUGCAAUUAAUGGGGAUGUUGAGGCUUGUGAGAGGUUGUUUGAAGAGAUUCCUGAGAAGAAUGCUUUCUCGUGGAAUGGACUGAUAGGAGGGUAUGUAAGGAAUGGGUUUUUCUUGGAGGUUUUGGAUGCUUUCAAGAUGAUGCUAAUAGAUGGUAAUGUUCUUCCUAAUGAUGUUACACUUGUAACUGUGUUAACUGCAUGUGCUAGAUUAGGAGCUUUGGAUUUGGGUAAGUGGGUUCAUGUUUAUGCAGAGAACAAUGGAUAUAAAGGAAAUGUUUAUGUUGGGAAUGCGUUAAUUGAUUUGUAUGCAAAAUGUGGGAUGAUAAAGGAUGCGGUUGAUGUGUUCAAAAGCAUGAGCAAGAAGGAUUUGAUAAGUUGGAACACAAUAAUUGGGGGCUUAGCAAUGCAUGGGCGUGGAGCUGAUGCUUUAGAUCUCUUUUGUCAAAUGAAGAAUAGUGGAAUCAUUCCAGAUGGAAUUACCUUCAUAGGUGUUCUGUGUGCAUGUACGCAUAUGGGUUUAGUUGAAGAUGGCCUUUCAUAUUUCCAGUCUAUGGUAGAGGAUUACUCAAUUGAACCUCAAAUUGAGCAAUAUGGUUGUAUGGUUGACCUUCUAGCCCGAGCUGGUCUUUUAUUACAGGCUCUGGAUUUUGUGAAGAAGAUGCCUAUGGAGGCUGAUGCUGUUAUUUGGGCUGCCUUACUUGGAGCAUCUCGUGUUUACAGAAAUGUUGAAGUUGCUGAAUUAGCUCUUGAACAGCUUGAUAAACUUGAGCCAAAAAAUCCUGCUAAUUUUGUCACACUUGCAAACAUAUAUGGGGAUCUUGGUAGGUGGAAAGACGUGGCAAGAUUAAAAGUUGCAAUGCGAGAUACUGGUUAUAAAAAAGUACCUGGAUGUAGCUCAAUUGAGGUUAAUGACUGUGUAGUUGAGUUUUACUCCUUAGAUGAGAGCCACCCUGAAACAAAGGAAAUAUAUGGAGCCUUGAGGGGAUUGACUAAACUAUGUAGAUCAUGUGGAUAUAUACCACAUGUUCAAGAGUUUGGAUAUGGGGACUGAGGUGAAAAGAGAUAUUGCUGAAUCUAGGAGAUUCAUGACAUAUUUCAACGGUCGAGUUAUAAUCCAAUCGCUUUCAACCAAUGUGUCUCAAGCGGUCUUUUUCAAAAUUGAUUGUUAAAAGAUUCAUUAGCAUCUAUAUAAGAAGUUCUGGAAUCUAGAAUAAACUGGGUUCAUGGAAAGGUUAAUGCACUAUGCCUGCAACUGUGUUGUCAGGGGUGCAACGCAGUCGUGGUGCUAGAAUCCUUAUAUUGCCUCAGGCGCGAGUUACAGAAAAAGCACUAGCUUGAGUGAAGUAAACUGCAGUAUAAAGCAUAAGACAUAUAUAAACUCCAAAGUGUGGUUUAGUUUAUCUACAAAACAUGCAAUGUUUUUAUUAGUCAAUGUAUGGUUCCUUAUGGUCCAUCUAUAUAUAUGUAUAAAGCAUAAGACAUACACUAAGCUCUAAAGUGUGGUCUAAUUUAUCUACAAAACGUGCAAUGUUUUUAUUAGUCAA